UGUUGGAAAGGGUAUUCUUUCGUGUCGAUUUCUUCUGACACGCCUUCUCUGGCUACCAGAGAACUCGUCUGUCCCAGCUCUCGCGGGGUGUCGAACUUUGAGGAAUUGUGUGACCUCCGCCACAUUCCAUUACUUUUUGGGACGGAACAGGAGCACAACUGUUUCCGACAGGACGUUCCGUGUUGUAUCAGAUCCCAGAAGUGUGUUCCUCCUAUAUCCAGUCCAGACUUUCCUUGGUCAAGUUUGAAAGGAGGAAGUCUGCACUCAGGGGCCCACGCUCAGGAGACUUAGCAGUUAGGAUAGGAAUCUUCAGAGUUCGUCAGAAUGGAGCGGUUGAAUCUGCUGCCAGGUUUUCUCCUGCUAUACUCUGUGGUUCUACAGCUAGUGACUGUUGUCCAGGGUCUUCACAUCUACAGAACAUUUACCCCACCUGACGUCAUCCUCAACCACCUGUCAGUGGACAACCAGACUGGCAAGGUUUACAUUGGAGCAGUGGACAAUUUGUACCAGUUAAAUCGGCAGCUUGAUGUAGAGAAGACAGUGUCCACAGGUCCACGGUUAGACAGUGUGAACUGUCCUGGACCUGCUGAAGGAGACACGACAUGUCCAGAUAGAGUAGACACUUCCAAUGUGAACAAGAUUCUGGCUAUUGACCAGCAGGGGGGUCAUCUGAUCACCUGUGGCACAGUGUACCAGGGAAUCUGUCAAGUGAGGAACUUGAGAGAUAUCAGUCAGAUUUCUGUGUCAUACACCCCUGAUUUUACUAAAUAUGUUGCCACUAAUUCCCCCUCACGGACCACAGUGGGGUUUGUGGCACCUGGGCCACAACCAUUUGAAGAAAAUGCCCUGUAUGUGGGAAGCACAUAUGGCGAGCACAAUGAUGACAUUGUCAUCAGGGAGAAUGUUCCGGCUGUUUCCAUACGGUCAUUGCAAUCUUCUACAAUCUUCCAAGUCAUGAAUAACGGGGAAGCUAAGUUUGUGGUCAAUCCAACAGAGCUGAGGCAGCAGUAUUUGAUCAGCUACAUCCAUGGAUUCAGCAGUAAAAACCGUGUCUACUUUGCAACAGUUCAGAUGGAAACAGUCCCAAAGCCUGGGUUUGACCCACCUUCAUACUGGUCCAAACUCACUCGACUGUGCUUAGGAGAUGUCAACUUUUACUCUUACAUGGAAAUACCUUUAAAAUGCCAGGGCCAAAAUGGAACAAACUACAACCUUUUACAGGCUGUGUAUGUCAGCAAACCUGGACAGAAACUGGCGGAGAGUAUGGGACUUCCGGAUGAUGACGAGGUGCUGUUUGGUGUGUUUUCAGCCAGUAAAACCCCAUCUGGCACGGAGCCCCUGGAUAGCUCUGCCCUUUGUGUCUUCUCCAUGUCAGAAGUCAAUGAAGAAUUUGGCAAAGUCCAGGAAGCCUGCUACACAGGGGGAGAAGGGGGAGAUGGUAUCGCUAAACCACUAGAAUUUGCUGGAGGUACAAUUUGUACAAGUUUUCAGAGUCAGAUAAUGGAAAGCUACCCCUGCGGGGAUAGCUUCACCCCAAAGCAGUUUGGAGGAACAGUCCCUCUGACACGUACGGCUGUAGCAGAGUUCCCCACAACUGGACUUACAAGUGUUGCUGCUUCAACUGUCAAUGACUACACCGCAGCCUUCCUGGGAACUACUAAUGGCCAACUCAUCAAGGUGCUGGUGUGGUCUGGAGUUGCAGCCGACCCGUACGAGCAGAUCACCGUGGUCUCAGGAAGCAGGGUGCAGCAGGACAUGCAGUUUGAUGCCAUCGACCCGCAGCACCUGUAUGUGAUGACUGAGAACAAGGUUUCCCAGGUGAAAGUGGCAGAGUGUGGACAGUACAACUCCUGUGAGGAGUGUCAUGGUGCUGGGGACCCCUACUGUGGAUGGUGCACCCUGGAAAAUAGGUGUACCCAGAAGCAGGAAUGUAACGGCCAUAACGAGGUGAACCGCUGGCUGUCCGUGGAUGUGGACAGGUGCAUCGAGAUAACCCAGAUCGACCCGCCCAACCUGCCCAGGGAAGGACCCAGAACCAGCCUGACCUUGGAGGUGGCGCGUCUGCCCGAUGGUGGACAGACCUACGACUGUUCGUUUCGCCUCAACGCAGCAACAACAUUCACCAGCCCUGCCCGCUUUGACAACAACGGCAAGCUGGUGUGUGACGAGACCCCUCCCCCUGCACAGAUACCCCCCAUUCCUGUGGGCAGAGAUCACGUCACCGUUGACCUGUGGGUGAGAGUUCGGGAGACACUCCGUGACAUUGUCAAGGCGGGGUUUGACUUCUUUGACUGCAAUGCUCUGAAAUCGUGUAACCCCUGUGUGACCAGUUCGUACAACUGUAACUGGUGCGUGUCCGACAACAAGUGUACUCACAACAUCGGUGACAACUGUCAGGAUGGUGGCACCACUGUUGGACAUGGGGAAAGGAACUCCUGUCCCCUGAUUGUGGCUCUGGGGAGUGUGGAGCUCAUACCUGUGGGCCUGCCCAAAGCCAUCAACAUGAGCACCAGGAAUGUGCCGGGUAAUGCUAACGACUUCAGGUGCUCACUGAACAUCAACGGUGUGUAUGUCACGGCAGAAGCAACAUUCAGGAACGGCAUCAUCUCCUGUUCCCCCAAACAGUACACUUACCCCCAGGAUGUGCAGGAGUUGGCUGUUGCAUUAGGUGCCAGUUGGAGGGGCAACAACAUCAUUGAUAACCCUCUAGGCGUAACAGUUACCUUGUACAAGUGCUCAUCUCAGCGUACAGACUGUAGCCUGUGUGUGACGGCGCCUCCCCGCUACUCCUGUGGGUGGUGUGAGGACACGUGCACAGUUCGUGAGGAGUGCCAGAAUCGAGGGGAUAGAUGGGAGCUGGAAAACUGCCCUGCGCCCAUCAUUACUGAUUUCGCCCCCAAGAGUGGUCCUGUCAAUGGUGGGACGAAUGUGACGAUCACAGGCGUCAACAUGGGGCAGAGGUUCACUGACAUCAAUACUGGAGUGACCAUUGCUGGACAGGCCUGUAGACCAAUAGAAGACCAGUACAGCAUCUCCAACAAGAUUGUUUGUACUACAGGGCAGGCCAUGACCACCACCAGCGGACCUGUAGUUGUACAGGUAGGCGUGCAGGCUAACCAACAGGGACAGUCCUCAGACAUCUUUUACUACAGGGACCCCACGGUGACAGGUUUCCGACCAGAAGUAGGGCCUCAGUCAGGAGGGACCCGAGUGUUCAUCGAGGGGGAGCUGUUCGACACAGGCGGCAAGAUCACGGCCAGGAUUGGUCGUCCUGGUACAGGGGAAAACAUGUGGGCUCUCUGCAUCGUUGAUGAGGCCAGCAGGACUAAUGUGUCCGUGGAGUGUCAGACAGGCCACAUCGAUGCCACAGGCCAGUACACGCUACAGGUUCUGUUUGACGGACACCCGAGAGAUGCACCAGGAAAAUUCAACUACACAGACGACCCCACCAUCGUGGAGGUCUCCCCUCUCAAGAGCUUCACCAGUGGAGGACGGCAGCUGACAGUCAGAGGCACUAACCUACGGAUUGUGCAGGAUGCAGCUGUCAGGGUGUCCACCUCUACAGCAACCAGGAGAAAGAGACAGGCUACUGAGGCCUCCAUGCCAUGUAAGAUUGAGAGUGACAGCUUGAUGAAGUGCCCCUCCCCCAACAUGGGAGAUAGUGUAGGGGACGUGGACCUGACCUUCCAGUUGGACAACGUCCAGAUCAGUCUGGCCAGCCUGCCAGGGUGUCAGGACAGUCCAGCCAGCUGCAAGUUUGUCUACGUGCCAGAUCCUGAGUACUUCCCGUUUGAGGAGAACCCAAAGCAGCACACAGGAGGAAUCCUUGCCAUUGAGGGCAGGAAUCUUGACCAGGCUAGCUUCCAGGACGAUGUGCAGGUGACCAUUGGGAUGGAGAUCUGUAACGUGACUUCCCUCGAUGAUGACACACUGACCUGUGAACCUCCAGAGUCCCAGCCACCGGGGCUGGACAGUGAAGGCAGGAAGUCAAAGGAAGUUCUCCCCAUUGUAGUGGUAAGAGUGGGUAAUCUGAAGUUUGAAAUCGGUGAGCUGCAGUACCAGAUCGCGCCAGCAGGGCUAGUGUUUUGGGCCAUCAUCCUGAUCGCUGCCGCCGGUGGGUUCCUGGUGCUCAUCAUCAUCGCCCUGCUCUUCAUCAUGAGGAGUAAGAAGAAGGAGGCCAACAGGAGGUACGAGAAGAUCAUGGUGCAGAUGGACACACUGGAGAGCAACGUCAGGAACGACUUUUGCGGAGCUGCAGACAGACAUGACAGAUCUGACCUCUGACCUGGGCGGGACUGGCAUCCCGUUCCUGGACUACCGUACCUACAUGAUGAGGGUUCUGUUCCCGGGACAGGACAUGCACCCUGUGCUGAAGGAGACUAACGUGCGUGAGAGCCGGCGUGUGCAGUGGGAACAGGCCAUGAACCAGUUCUCAGCCCUGCUCAACAACAAACACUUCCUCCUGACCUUCAUCAGGAUCAUGGAGGAGAGUCGGGAGAGCUUCAGCAGCAGGGACAAGGUGAAUGUGGCAUCACUACUGACUGUGGCUCUGCAUGGCAAGAUGGAGUACUAUACAGACAUUCUGAAGACCUUACUGCUACAUAUGAUAGAGAAAAGUGUGGAAAGGAAUCCAAAACUCAUGCUCAGGAGGACAGAGAGUGUUGUGGACAAGAUGCUAACAAACUGGCUGUCGAUUUCUUUGUAUCCCUUCCUCAAGGAGACAGCCGGCCAGCCCCUGUUCAUGCUGUACAAAGCCAUUAAGUACCAGGUGGAGAAGGGCCCAGUGGACGCCAUCCUGGGGUUCGCCAGGUACUCCAUCACGGAGGACAGGCUGCUGAGGGAACAGGUCGACCACGAGGUCUUGACCCUGAAUGUAGUAUCCCUGCCCGGUGGUCCUAGUGGUCACCUGCCCUUCACAGUCAAGGCCCUGAGCUGUGACACCAUCACACAAGUCAAGGACAAGAUCCUGGACAUGGCCUACAAGAACAUCCCCUACUCCACACGGCUACAUGCUGAUGAGUGUGAGCUGGAAUGGAGACAUGGCAGAGCAGGUCAGCUGAUCCUGAGGGACACUGAUGUCACAUCAGAGAUGAACCACAGGUGGAAGAAACUCAACACACUCGAGCACUACAAGGUACCAGACAGCUGUAGUGUCGCUCUCCUGAGGAAGCCAGAACAGCAGAUGAAGCUGGACAGGACGUUCGGUAAGAAUGCCGACAAAAACCUUGGUGUGAACCAGUCACUGUCCUCCUCGUCCCUGGCACCACUGAUGCAGGGAGACCCUGAGGAGGGGUGUCGCUACUGGCACUUGCAAGUGGAGGACUCUUGGGUGAAUGACAACUUUUCCAACCACCGUAAUCAUAAGGUGAAGGCUCGGGAUGAGCUGGAGCGCUCCAACUCGGUGAAGAGGGACAGCAGGUUCCUGAAGGAACAGCGUGCCAUCCCGGAGAUCUACCUCACCAGGCUGCUGGCCACCAAGGGAACCCUGCAGAAGUUUGUGGAUGACGCCUUCAGUGCCAUCCUGUGCACCAGCCCCGUUCCCCCCUCCAUCAAGUACUUCUUUGACCUGCUGGAUCACGAGGCUAAGAAGCAUGGGAUAGAUGACCCCGAGACUCUGCACAUCUGGAAGACAAACAGUGUGCCCCUGAGGUUCUGGGUGAAUGUACUGAAGAACCCAGAGUUUGUGUUUGACAUCUUCAAGUUGGGUAUCGUGGAUGCCUGUCUGUCUGUCAUUGCACAGACUUUUAUAGACUCCUGUUCUGCAGCAGAGCACAAACUGGGCAAGGACUCCCCCUCCAACAAGUUACUGUACGCACGUGAGAUCCCGCAGUACCGACAGAAGGUCCAGACGUACUACAAGGAGGUGCAGCAGAUGACGGCUGUCAGUGACCAGGAGAUGAUCACCCUGCUGGUGGAGGAAACAAAAGACCACACCCACGAGUUCAACACCCUGGCAGCGGUGAAUGAGCUGUAUGACUAUGCCAUGAAGUACCAGGACCAGCUGCUGGAUGCUCUAGAGGAGGACACCACCUGCCAGCGAAUGCAGCUGGCUCACAAGUUUGAGACUAUCUCAGCCAACAUGGAGGGAGAGACGGACGUCUGAACGCACCGCGGAGAGAGGCUCAUCAGCGCUACAGGUCCAACAUCCUCAGCUACUCUGUAACCAACCUCUGUUGCAACCAUUGAAAUGCUAAUGGCAAACUGGCUGAGUCAGCAAAUAUAUUCCAAAUGCCAAUCAUUCCUGUUACUGUACACUUUAGUACACGUAACUCAAUUUACCAUAUACAAAGUGACAAAUGUAUGAGAGUGUCAAGUUCUGGAACAUAAAGGGCUAUAGAGUAUUGCACUGGGUUGCAGGCAAAGUGGCAUCCUGAAUUACAGCCUGUAAGUGGCUGUUCGAUAGGUGAGGAAUGUUGACGAAACACUACCCUGAGGAGGACAAUCAAAAAGACAUGGACACAAAUGUUAGUGCAAUAUUCAGGGCAGUUUUAGCCAGUAUGGUAUUUUCUGAAAGUCAUUCCAAGGUGACAAAGGAAGGAUGCAUUUUUAACGUACAGAAACAUUGAUUGACUACCAUACAGUGGUUGUCUACCAUGCAGUAGUUUUACUGUUACAUGUCACGGCCAUCAUCUAAUACUAUCUCUCCCAUUGUCAAGGCUGCUAAGAACUGGGCAUCCUCACCAGCCUGUGAUUCUGGGAGGGUUUUAUAUUUUACCACAAGCCAAACAGGACAAAUCUAAAUCCAGGGCUUCCAUCUAACAUGUUGUUCUCUAUACCUUUCUUCCCAAUGCCUUUUAUUCCAGUAUUUUACUAUUUUGUAAGAAUAGAUGCCAGCACUGCAUGAGCCUGUCAGUGAGUAAGAUACAAGGCCAAUGGACCAUUCCAAUUUUAGUAAGGAAAACUGUUCCAUAGUGAGGAGAAAGGACAGUUUGAACAAAUGUUUGUAAUUCCUAACUCAAAUAUGAGAUCAAACCCUUAGUUAAGGACCAAAGUCUUGCUUCUGCAAAUAGAAAAACUAGCUAAUGAUUUUGUUAAAAGUUAGAGGUAGGUAUAAUAUAAUGUAUACGGGACUUUGGUAUAUAGCCAGUUGCACGGAGCUACACCAAAGCAAUGCCUUGACACGUCAUGUCAUGCACUUCAUAGCUAAGCUUUGUACACAGUUUGUGCACUUAUACAGACAACCACUGAAUGCCUUACUUAGCUUAGUGAGUGCAAAAGAAUUGCAUUUUUACAUAUUUUAGACAGCAAAUGUGAGCAGUGUGUACUGUUGUGGAAGUAAGAUAAAUACAGUGUGGUAACAUUUUUAUUCCUCAAUAUUCACUAUGAGAUGUACAAUUCAAAUAUACUGCACUGUUACCUUAAUAUUUGGUAGACAUCAUCAUUAUCCAGUAUAGAUGUCACACAUAGGUUGUCACUCAUAGGUUGUCAUCCGUAUUUGUUUUAGUAACUCUUAUUAUAGCAAUGUUGUCUGUUAUGAUAUGUGUGCAUGAGUUGACUGGGUUUUGUAUAUUGCACAGUGAAACUAAUGUUGAAAACUUUUAGUUAUUAUGUUAACUGUGUUUGUAACAUUGUAUUUAUUUCAAUUUUCUCUAUCAGGGUGGUUUUUCAUAGCUAUAAGUAACUUACAUACCAAACUGAAGUGCUUCCAUCAUUCUUUAUCUUCAAUAUAUGAUAUUACAUGUAUUCCAUGAUUGAUUUUUCUAUGUAUAUGCCAAGAUGUAGUUUCAAUUUGUAGAAAGUUGUUCAACUCCUUUGUACAUGCUAUAUUCAGAAGACAACCAGCCCGCAAUGUCUUGCCUUAAGUUAGAUAUCAAUUUUGAAUUCCAAGGGGAAGGGCAGGAUCGUCUAACUAACAAUGUGCUUCUCUUUUUAUCCCUGUUUGUACAUGUUGGUUCAAAAUCCAAAAGAGACAGACAAAAAUUAUUAAUGGGCUGGUUUUCUUCUGAGGAAUUUUUUACUGUGGUAGUGGCAUUAUAAAACAAAAUUGGUCAGCGUACUAUCUUUAUAUGAUUGUGGGAAAAUUUGUACAUAUCUGUAACGUUAAUAAUAUUAAUAACCUAUGCAUAUCAAGGUAAAUGAUUGUGUGCAAUAAGCAAUGUUUUUUUAUUGGGAUCUAUGGUGAAAAAUAAAGCUGAAUGUGGUGUACAGUACUAAUAGGGAAUGAUAGCUGUGUAACAGGUAGAGCCAUAAACAUGAAAUCAUUCGAGCUGUAUUCAUGUAGGCUGGAACAUGAUCUCUGGUGAUCUCCUUUAGCCAUACUACAUAAUCAACCUUUGCCAUGUAGAUGACAUAGCCAGGUUUGUACUUGUAUGUACCGACUGUGAGCCAUACCAUUUCAUUGAGAGGGGUGUGCCAUGGCAACAUUCACCUCCAUACAGAGCUGUACAAGUACUCUGGUGAAAUUGCAAGUGAGGAAAAAGAGUCUAUUUUUCUUAGUGGAACACCUUGAAAUGGGAGCUGAACUGAUAUCCAUCUGUACAUAUCAGCUGUAUCCAUCUCUAUGGAAGACAUUUUGUCGUUAAGGAACUAUAAUCUUGGUUUAUAAGAGGCGAUACAUUUAAGCAAAUACUCUCUUAAUCCAGACUUAUGAUAUCUGUACCUUAAUGUGGUGAUAUCACUUAUAUCAAUUGAUAGGAGCAACAAUUUAAGGAUUGAUGUGUUUGAAUGACAUUUUGUAUUUCAGAUUUUGUACAUCUGUGUUAAGCCUAUGCUCUAUUUUGCAUUGAUUUGUGCUUGACUUUAUCAAUAAACAGGGUUGUCCAACUCCUAUGCUUAUGAAAUUAUUGACAAAUUGGUACCCUGUAUUACAAAGUUUUCAACAGAAAUAAAACCCUAACAAAGCUAUUA